ACCCGGCAUGUUUUGUUCGGUUUGUGUCGAAGUAUGAGGUUUGGAUAAAGAUAAAUGAUUUUAUAUGCGUAUGUUACUAAUAGUUUAGUUGAAAUGUUAUGUUAAGCAGUAUUGAAGACUAAGUGUUUAUUAUAAAUAAGUAAUAAGUGAAAAAUGGAGCUCGAGGGCGUUCUUGCUGCCGCCGUUACAGCAGAAGAAUGGCAAAUGAUACCCGCCGAGGUUGGCAAAAAAAUUGCCUCCUUUGUUAACGAAGAAUGUGAAAAGUUCAUAACAGCAAAAGCGCUCUUUGAAACUAACAGAUUUAAUUUUGAACAACAAAUAAAAGAUCUGCAAGAUCAAUAUGCAAACACAACGGCUGAAAAUGAGAGAUACCUUCAGAAAAACCUUGUUAUGGAGAAAUCACUUACCGAACUUCAGAACCAAAUCAGCAUGUUGACCAAAGAUAAUUCUCUUCUACAAACAAAAUGCAACAAACUUGACACGGAAACUGCAGAUUACAAAAAUCAGCGAAACGAGGCCAUUGAUGAGCGCGAUCGACUCAUUUCAUUGCUUCAGACACGGGACACUGAAUUGGAAAGACUUAGAACUGAAAUGGCUUCUUUAAACAAGCAGCUGGAUUCCGCCGUUAAGGCUAAAUGCGAAGCUUUAGCUGAAGCCCAAGCUGUUGACUCAAUGAAGCUUACCUUGGAGUAUCGCGAAAAAAGGAUGGAACAUGAGAAGGCCAUGCUUCGGGAACAACUUAAGAGUGUAACAGAUGAGCUCAAUGUGCGGACAAAUGAAUUACUCAACAUGAGGCGAGACAACACAACAAGAUGCGUUCAGUUGGAGGCAAAGGUGACCGAGUAUUCGCAAGAAAUGAUGAAUUUAAAAGCUCAAGUUAAAUCAUUUACCGACAUCAAUAAGAAUUUAGUCGCCAAGCAUGAGGAACUCUCCAAAAAAUUAUUGACCCAACGUGAACUGGAAAGUAAGAUGAAUGACUCAUAUCUUCAGGAACUUGACGCAAAAACUAAAAUGGCCAAUCUGUACCAGUCGAUGUGUGAGGAAAGUCAACAACAUGCUGAGGAGUUGAAGAGUGCAUUGGCAGAGGUGCAAGAAUUACUAAAAACUGCCAGUGAAAAAUAUGGAGAAUUGGAAACUAAACAUAAGGAGACUACAUUAGCCCAUGAAGAAAUAAUUGCCAAGAAGAAUGAUUGCAUCAGUAUGCUGAAAAAAGAAUUGGAGACUGCAAAUGAUUUGAUUGAAAAUGUAAAAGUUGAUCAAAUACAAAGAGAUCUUGAAGAAAUGUCACCAACUGCAGCUGCUGCAUCAAGAUAUUUGAAGUCCGGUAUGACAAUAACCGAAAUAUAUUCUCAGUAUGUCGCAGUUUCCGAAAAAUUCGCAGCUAAGGAGGAGGAAUGUCACAGACUAAACAAUUUCAUAGCUGGAAUAAUAAAGGAAAUUGAUGAGAAAGGUCCAUUGGUCAAUAAACUUAAAAACGACUACAGUAAUUUACUUGACGCUAAUGAUGAACUGAAGACAAACAACGAGCUCAUGUUAAAUGAAUUGCAACAACUGAGAGAUGCGAAUGCGGAACUUCGAAGACUUCAAGGAGUAACUUCCCGCGAAAAUUCAAGAUUAAAGAAAGAGGUCGCUGAUUUAAGCAGACAAGUCUGUCAUCUUUUACAAGAAGUUGAAAAUUCAAGGGUCGGAUCAUCUUCAACAUCAACCGAUAUGGAUCUGAGCGACAGCGUUAGUUCUGCUGAUAUUAUAGCGAAGAAAUUGGUCACCUUCAACGAUAUAUCCGAGCUGCAAAGUCAAAACCAAAAAUUACUGGCUUGUAUUAGAGAAUUAACAGAACGCCAGGAGGAAGCGGAGGCGAUUGAUCCAAUUGAUAUAGCAAAUUUAAAAACAAAAUUGGACAAUUUACGUGAAUCACAAAACGAGUUACUUGAAGAACGCGACAGGCAAAAUAAAUUGUUGGCUACACUCCGCAGCCAAAGGGACAUGUUCCAGAAUUUGUACAAUCAAGCCAUCAAAGCCUCUGGUGAGGAGGUUCCCACACAAUUGGAAAGAAGUUUCUAUCCAGAGAACAAAGAACCUAAUAAAACCCAAACUGACGCUGAGACACAAUCAGAUGGGAAAGUGAAGGAAUUGGAGAACCAGGUUGAUUCACUUAACAAACAAAUUGAGAUUCUCAAUAAGGAGAGUGAAACUUACAGAAAUGAGAAACAUGCUAAUGAGAAAAUGCUUUUAGAACAAAUAGAGACCUUAUCAAAGGAAGUGAGAGAUCUGACAAAAAUAAACUGCAAAUUGACAUCGCAAGCGGAGAUCAACGACGAGAAAUUCAAAAUUAUGCAGAAUAACACUGAAGUAUUUAAGAAGCAAAUUGCUGCUUUAGAAAAUCAAAACAGACACUACAGUGAAUCACUAGUUAAACACGAAACCACGAUCAUAUACAUAAAAGACGAGAUUAUAGCAGCACAGACCAGAGCUUCUCAAGCAGAAGUUAGAGCUGCUAACCUUGAAAAAGAAAACGCAUUACUGCACGAAGUUGAAAAGCGUUUGAGCAAAGAAAAUGAAAUUAUUAAACGACAACUUCAUCAACAAAACGUGAUGCAGAGUAAUAUAGAAUUAAUUAAAGCUACAUUAGAAAGAAACGAUGCUGAGGAAAAAAUACGCGCGGAGUCUAGGUUAGACGAAGCCCAUAGAGAAUGCAGUGCGCUCCGCAGGAGGCUUCAAGAGGAACAAGACAGAUUCAGGGAAUUGUCCGAACAUCUGGAGAGGCAAGUCAAAACCGCCGAAGAACGCAUGUUAGAAGAAAAACGUCAAGCUGACAAACUAAGAGACGAUCUAGCAGCCUCGAGGGAAGAUCUCAUCAAACAAGCGGCCAAAAUUGAAGACUUGACAUCGAAAAUUAAAUUAACUGCGUACGAAUUGCCCGCAACAAGCGAGGAAGGUCGUAAAAUACGUGAAUUAGAGGAGAUGAACAGUGAAUGUAGGAUUGAGAUCGAGUCUUUGAAAAGUAAACUUAAAACGGCCAAGGAGGCUUCAGAUCAAUAUUAUAAUGUUGCUCAGGCGUCGGAAGAGUUGUGUAAGAAUGAAAGAGAGAUGAAUGAGAAGCUCAAGUCCGAGUUGAAAAUUCAAGAGAUUAAAAUUAAAGAGCUUGAGGAAAAAUGUCAAGAACUUCAAGGUGAACUGUCAAUUCAAAUGGACGAUCAGGAUAUUGCUAAUGCAGGCAUUAAAUCUAAGUCUAAUAAAUUAGAAGAAGAACUGAAUACCACGGCAAUGGAUUUAAAUACUGCCAGAGAACAGCUGGAGAUUGUUAGAUCUGAAAACAAAGCACUCACUGAGCAACUGAAGGCCACUGAAAAUAAAUAUGCUAGAGAAGUAACUUUACAUUCGGUAGAUUUACAAUCUUUGACUUCUAUGAAGGAAGAACUGGAGAAGGUUUUGGGAGAAUCCAAAGAGUUAAUGUCUACUAAACAACAAGCUCUGGACGCACUCAAGGAGAAUAAAGAAAGCUGGGAAAAGCAGGAAGCCAUGUUUAAAAAAGAAUAUGAACAAAUAUCAAAUCGUUUGAAAGAUGCCGAAUCUCAAAAUAGCUUGCUCUUGGAUCAAAUUGAGACAUUAAAUACGCAAAUGUCCAUUUUACAAACGCAUAUAGGCAGCGGAGAUCAAGGAAACACUUCGAUUGGAGAUGUUUCAUUUAAUCGCUCCUACACCGAGGAUGAAGCGAAGUCUUCGGAACAAUUGUUGAAGAUAAUAAAAUACUUAAGACAAGAGAAAGAUAUUGCGAUCAGCAGAGCGGAUAUUGUGGACGCAGAGCAUCAACGUCUUAAGACCCAGUUUGAGUUACUCACUAAACAAUAUGAUGACAUGAAGCGACUUGUUGAAACUGAACGCCAGGAAACUGAAAUUUCAAUGGUUUCCAGCAUUAAACAUGCCGAAAUAUUACGGAAAUUGGAAACGCUUAACGCCAUUACGGACAGCAACAGAGCAUUGAGGCACGAAAGAGACCAAUUGAUUACUCAAUUGGAAGAUCUGAAAGUUAGAAUUAGUAAAUUGGAAACCGAUUCAUCGCCUCUCGAAGAAAAGUGCAAGGAAUUGCAAACCAAAGCUGAUCAAAUGCAGAAUGAAAAUAUUGCACUACGUACGGAAGCCACCAGGUGGAGACAACGUGCUAAUAUGUUGAUUGAAAAGACGAAUAGAACGAGUCCGGAAGAUUGGAAAAAACUACAGAACGAGCGUGAAAAUCUUGCCAAACAACUGACCAUUGAACGUUCGACUACUACCAAACUGAAUGAGGAAAACAACUGUUUGCGACAUGAUAAACAAAAAUUAGAAGAGCAACUUAAGAAUUUGAGAGGACAAAAUAAUAACCAAUCUGAAGAGAUUGCUAAACUAAAAGAAGAAAUGUCAGCGUUACAAUCUCAAAUUCAACAAAUUUCUGAUAAUUUGACCCAGUGUAAUGAAAAUAAUAGGAAGAUUACAGAAGAAAACUCCGCCUUAACUGAAGAGACUGCCAAUAAGGAUGCGGCUAUUAACGAUUUGAAGAACAACUUAACUCAAAUUAGGAAGAUUGCCAAGAAAUACAAAAUACAAUCAGAAGACCAACUAAAAGAAAUUGAACAGUUAAAGGGUGAAAAAGCAGCUUUAGAAACUAACAUAAAUGAUGGGGCAGAAAAACGGGAUCAACUUUUGGAAGAGCAACGAUCUGGCCUUGAACAACGUCUUGUAAGCAUGGAAGAGGAGCAUAAAGAUAACGUAGAACAGUUAACUCAGGAAUUACGUUCCGUUCGGGAGGAAAUCGAAAAUAUCAGAAAGGAAAAUGAAAGCUUGAAACAACUGGGAAUCGAAAAAGAGGAAAGGUUUAAAACACUGUUCAAAAAUGCAAAAGAACGGAUUGUUCAAUUGACUGAACAAAACAGCAAUCUUAAGGAUGCGAUCAACAGAGACAAACCUGAAAGUGAUAGCGCUGGAGAGGGUUCAAGUAAAUACAGCGAAUUAGUCGAAAAAUUAUCUAAAUUACAGAGAGAAAAAGACGAUAUUAUUCAAGAAAAGCAGCGCGAAAAGGAGAAGCACGUUAUGGAAUUGGAAUCGUUGAAUCAACGUAUCGGACAGCUGCAGAGGCAACAGGGAUCUUUGCAGGGUUCCAAACCGACCACCAGUUCGACCACUUCUGAGAAAUCAAUGGUUGAACCUCCAACUGCCAACAUAAAACCCAUGGCUGGACACUCUACUAAUACUCAAACUCAGUCUGUACCUAUUCCGCCUUGGCGAAGCGGGGGCGAACCACCUCUCGCCAGCAUACGCCCAAUGUCCGCUCAGUUUAGAACGGUGGCAGUCUUGCCUACAAGCCAGAGCCCCAGUGCUGUGAUGGUCCCACCCCAGCAGCAGGUGCACACGACGGGGUCGAGCAACAUUGAGGCGGCUCUAUCGAGCAGCCCGACUAGUUCGCACACCGAUUACGCACCCGCCACAAGUUCCGCGUCGUCGGCCUCGUCGCAUUGCGCAGGGAGCGGUGGCGGCCCGCGGCAGUUGGCCGUGCCGCCCACCCAGUCGUCGCAAGAAGCCGAAGCGGUCGAUGACGACGGGGGCGUACAAACGGCCGGACCGGCGACCAGUGCCAGCCCCUCUUCCCAAUGUAGUGCGCAGCAGCAGGCCGUCGCCCUCGUGCUUCCGCGUGUCGAACCACCAGCCGCUGCCGGCAGUGGUCAGGCGGAGCAAGGGGGCCAGUCGUCCAGCGGCGGUUCGCCGGGUGCGUCGGGCGGUGGUAGUUCGAAUGCCGUUACUACCACGCAGGCGGGUCUCAAGAGGCAACGCGAUGCGGACCCCGACGGAUCUCAGUCUGACGAUCAGUCUAAACAACAGCAGAGCAAAAGGACUAGGAUACAGCAAACUGGCACGGUUAGUGAUAGCGGCUUAGACGUGGAAUAUCAAGUUCCCACAAGUAGCCAGAGAGACCACGACGACGACAACGUGAUUGUGGUCGAAAGUGAUGAAGAUGGUGGCGCUGAUGAAGGCGAGGGUGCUGAAGAUGAUCAAGAUGACCCGGACACAGAGGGUUAUGAAAUGGAAGGCAUGGAACAAGACAACUAUGAAGAAGCAGAUUGUCAAGAUGUUGAGGAAGAUGAAGAAGGCGGUAAUGAGGUGGAAGUAAUCGAGGACUCUAGUGAAGUACCAAAUCAAAGUGAAGGUCAAAACCAAGAGGAAGAGAUGGGAGAACAAGCACAGUCGGAAGCUAUUAGCAGUGGCACAGAUGGUUCGGGUCUGAUGUCGGUAACGUUGAGCCAAGCAUCGACAUCGACGUCGGCGACAAUGCCAUCGCAAUCGCGCACGCGCCACGUGAUCCCGCUAUCCUCGUCCAGACAACCGCAACUGCAUCACCAUCAGCAGCAGCAGCUGUUGCUACCCCACGGUCUGGAGGACGUCGGAGACGACGGCAUCGUGCCAUCGACUCCGACGCUGUUCGUACCACGGCGCUCUGACGGGUUUGGCGAGGCAGUCAGUUCGCCGCAGGUGCCGACAAGUGGCGGGCGCCUGUUCACGUUCGGCGAGCCGUCGCAUCACGCGGCAGGUUCCAGUGAGGCGGUGCCCGAGCAGACGCUGGAGGUGGUCGGCAAUACGGAUGACAACAGUACCGGCAGGAGCGUGCCCAGUACUCCGUUACAAUCGUCGCCACAGGAAUCUGUACCGGGAGUCGACGAGGCUGCCGGCUCAAAUAAUUCGUCUCAUUCUGAUGCUGAGAUUCCUUCAAUAACAGUGAGCGGGGUUAACGAUAAUGAAACCGUAGGGGAGGGAAGUAUUGGAGAAGAGCUCCCGAACGUAGCCGGAACCUCCACGGAGGGAACUCACCAAUCUGAACAGACUGAAGAUAUGCUAGAUGGAGACGAUGCGGUGAGUUCUGAAGGUGAAAAGCCGCCAGCUACUGAGGAAGGUGAAGAAGAAGGACGCGAGGCUGAGGCGUCGCCCAGUGUAUCUCGAAAUAGAAAUGUACGUGGAGCGCAAUCGGCACGCAGAUCCUUGCGACAGGCAACACCUAGGGGCGGCACUACGCAACAGAGAUCAGGGCCAACGCCGAUUGUCUGGGGUGAUCAAAGAAGUCCGCAAAGCAGACAAGAUUCCCAAAGAGGCAACAGACCAAAUUCAACGCCCAAUUUUAACCGGGGAGUAGCGAGAAGAGCGAGAGGAAGAAUGCAGAGGCCUUAUGGUCGUUUCUAGUUUAGUUAUAAGUUUUCAUUCCAUAAUCAUCCAUUUUACUAUGGUUUAGCUUAUUUUUUCAAUGUGUAAAAAUUGUUUAUUUCUUGUAAAUCAUUUUUUAUAGACAGUUUGACUGAUUCAUUAAUCUAAAGUAGAGUAAGUAGUAACCUUCAUAUUGCAAUUAUUAACUAUUAGCGUCUAUUUCAAUCUGAUAUUCCUCAAACAUUUGUAUUUGUUAGACAAUUCAAACCUUGAGUAAAUACCAGUAAGGAGAGAUAAACGGUCUUUUAUAAGUUUACAACCCUUGUUUUUUAUUUUAAAUAAAUAGAUGCUAUAAAA